AUGGGACCCAACAUGAAGAACAUGAAAAAGCGCAAGCUCGCCGCUGAGCCUCGAGUGGAAGAAAUCAAUUUCGACUCGGAGAGUCGCCAGGAAUGGUUGACUGGAUUUCACAAGCGCAAGGUCCAGCGUGCUAAGCACGCAGCAGAGAAUGCUGCUAAGCAAUACAAGGAAGACAAAAAGGCCAUGAGGAAGAAGAUUCGCGAGGAGCGCAAAAAGGAUUUCGAGCAAGCAAUGGACGAGCACUCGAAAGUACUCCAACGUAUGAAAGAGGAUGCUGGUGAUAUCAGUGAGCAAGAGGAAGAAGACGACUGGAACGGAAUCGAAGAGCCUCCGGCCGUGGACUACGAAGCCGAGUAUAUCGACGAAGACAAGUACACUACAGUCACAGUCGAAGAGAUGGACGCAUCGCGCGAAGGCUUGCUCAAGUCAGUACACGAAGACGACACGGAUAAUGAAGAAGAAAAGCCGAAACCUGUCGAAUCCAAAGAGGCCGACACCAAGACUGCAAAGAAGAGGAAGCCCCGCAGUGCAGCCUCAGAGGCGGCGAGGAAAAAGAAGAGGAAUUUCCGCUAUGAGAGCAAGGAGGUGCGCAGGGAAACGAUGCGAAAGCAGCGCAACGUGAAGUCCAAAAAGGCGAAGGCACGGAAGGAGAAGGAUGCAUGA